GUACAUUCCACCUCUGAUCUGGGGCAAAAGUGGACAUAUCCAAACGGCUCUAUAUGGAAAAAUGGGUCGGGUGAGCUCACCGCAUCCAUGUGGACUUCGCAAGUACCUUACCAUGCCUGAUGGAGCUACUGCAACAUUUGACCUCUUUGAGCCAUUGGCAGAACACUGCACUGGAGGUUGGUUCUAGAAAAAAAACCACAAUUUAUCACCUACUCUACCUCUAGUUUAUCUAGCAUUGUCAAUGUUAGGACAAAAUAAUUUACUGUGCCAUACCUGGGACAUGCAGCCAUGUUGCUUGUAUCUGCUCUUCUACAGCCAUGUUUCUCAACCCGUGGUACAUGCACCAUAGGCAGGAGGUAGCCAAGAGUUGGCCACCUUGGCGCACCCCAGAAUGGAGGCCGCGAGGGAGCUGUAAUCUGUGUGCUCUUAUCCUCUGAAGUGAUGCUGGGUUAUGAUGUAAUUUUGGCCCUGGCAUUACUAAACAUGGAGCAGUGCUGGAAGAGCCCAGGUAAAGGAUCCAAUCCAGCUCUCACAAAAGUAGGGAGGUUGGGUGGACUUAAAUUUAAAAUAAUAAAAAAAUUAUUUGUGUAUGCGUCAAAUCAGUGAGUGUGUCAGUUUCCUCUGACACACACAAAUUUACACACGUGACACGGACACACAUUUACACAGUGUCCUGUGUGUGUGGCAGUAUCCUCUGUGUGUGAAUGUCUAAUGUGUCAGUUUCCUAUGUGUCCGUGUCCACGAUGUGUAAAUAUUGUGUAUUAUAUUUUCAUUUUGUGACUUUUAGACUUCAGAUUAAUAGUUCAUAAAUUCUUCUUUGCAUACACAAUAUUCACAUAAUGUUAUUUAUAAUAUUCUUUACUACCUUUUAAUCGGGCUGUUCUCCAAUAUAGGAUUAUCUUAAAUACAAAUGUGUAACAUUUCAUUUGGCAUUUAAAUCAAUAGAAAUUAUUUUCUCGAGGAAGGGGUACUUUAAAAAAGGUAUUUACAUUUUGUUUAUUUUUUUUUGUUUUUUGUUUUUUUAGACUUGCAGGAGUACUUCUCCAUAAAACAUAGGGAAACACUGUUCUACAACAGUAGAUUCCGGAUUGCUCUACAGCGCAAAAUAAGGUCCCGCAGUCUCACACUCAGUGGCGGAGUCCUGUAUCAGCCUUGAUUUAUUCCACAGAUCUAUGACUUCUCCUACAGAAGAAUAUCGCUGCAAACGCAGGACCCAGAUGGUUUGACAUCUGGACUGCGCAGUGGUGCUUCUGGCACCAUAACUACUACAAUAGACUGUAGUGGGUUUCCUGUUUGGAGUGCAUAUUUAAUUCCUGCCUGUAGUCCUGUAAGACAAGUGGAUAAAAACAGGAGCAGGAAAAUGGUUUCUCUACAGUUUUGUGUUUACAGCCAUUAAGCAAACAGAAUUACAUAUCCACUUAAUUUCCUUUGCAUAAUUUAUUAAGGUUGUGCAUUUGUUUUAACUAAUUGCAACAGUGUCAGGCAAAACAUAGGGAGCAAAAUAAAAGCUACAACAUAAGUAAAGUAAAUUAAACUGUUUUAUAAAAGAAAUAAUAAUCCGUUCUAAACACGUAGAAAUAACACGCGCUAGGAAUGAUCUUUUCUGUUAAGGCAACUUACACAUUUAACGUAAGAUUCCUUCCUUUUCUUUGGAGGGUUUAACCAAAAUCUUUACUUUGCAAGUUCCACAAGAAUGAAGAAGCAAUAUCAGGCAGAUGCAAUACCUACCUGCCAGCCCUGUCUAUGGCUACAUUCUGGGCAAUUUAUCGUGGGUAUCCUCCUCACUUGCAAUCACUCCACAACAAAUACAAAUGGCAUCGUCCUGUAAAAUGCACAAAACUAUAUAUAGUUCAAACUGCUGGGUAAAAGUCAGAUGGACUGCAUACAGCCUAUAGGCAGGCAUUUUCUACCACUGUGGUCUAGUUUGAGGUUUAAUAUUCUCACUAGCCAUUGGCAAAGGAACAUUUUGCUUUGGCAAAUGGAAAUUUCCUCAUGGUAAGUGUGCCAUAGCCCAUCCAUGCUUGCAGUGGAGACGAACUUUCAAGGCCUGGUUAAUGGUGUAGAACUUUAAAUUUUAGCUUUUAAUCAAGAAAAUAUUUUUAAGGGUUGGUGGAUCAACACACAGAACCAGUCAAUAACUUAUUUCUUCACCUAGAAAUAAAACCAUGACUAUAUUUCAUUUUGAGAAUCCAUAAUCUGAGUUAAUGACAACAUUCCUACGUGGUUAUUUACGGAGGUCUGAAUGGGGCUAAACCAUCCGCGUGUGUAGAGGACCAUGCAGACUGAAAAAUCCACAAAUAUUGUUGAUGCUAUUUAACAAUGUCCUGGUUUUGUAACAAUAAAAGGCCACUCUAAAAUGUGCAGUUUUAUCACACAGCACAAUGCCACAGAUGUUGCAAGUUUUAAAGGGAGCGUACAAUUGGCAUGCUGACUGCAGGAAUGUCCACCAGAGCUGUUGCCCGAGAAUUGAAUGAUAAUUUCUCUACCAUAAGCAGACUCCAAAGGCGUGUCAGAGAAUUUGACAGUACCUCCAACCAGCCGCAGAACACGUGUAACCACACCAGCCCAGGAAUUCCACACCCAGCAUCUUCACCUCUAAGAUUAUCUGAGACCAGCCACCUGGACAGCUGCUGCAACAUUUGGUUUGCAUAACCAAAGAAUUUCUGCACAAAUUGUCAGAACCUGUCUCAGGGAAGCUCAUCUGCAUGCUCGGCAUCCUCAUCAGGGUCUCGACUGGACUGCAGUUCAUCGUCGUAACCAACUUGAGUGGGCAAAUGCUCACAUUUGAUGGCGUCUGGCACUUUGAAGAGGUGUUCUCUUCACGGAUUAAUCCAGUUUUUCACUGUACAGGGAAGAUGGCAUUGUGUGAGUGAGCGGUUUGCUGAAGUCAACAUUGUGGAACGAGUGGCCCAAGGUGGCGGUGUGGUUAUGGUAUGGGCAGGCGCAUGUUAUGGACAACGAACACAGGUGGAUUUUAUUGGUGACAUUUUGAAUGCACAGAGAUACAGUGAUGAGAUCCUGAGGCCCAUUGUUGUGCUAUUCAUCUAUGACCAUCACCUCAUGUUGCAGCAUGAUAAUGUACACAAUUCCUGGAAGCUGAAAACAUCCCAGUUAUAGCAUUGCCAGCAUACUUACCGGACAUGUCACCCAUUGAGCAUGUUUGGGAUGCUCUGUGUUGGUGUAUACGACAGCGUGCUAUAGGUCCUGCCAAUAUCCAGCGUCUCCGCACAGUCAUUGAAGGGGAGCGGACCAACAUUCCACAGGCCACAACACACAAGGAGAUGUGUUGCACUGCAUGAGGCAAAUGGUGGUCAGACCAGAUACUGACUGAUUUUCAGACACCCCUCUGCCCUCCCAAUACAGUAAAACUGCACAUUUUAGAGUGGCCUUUGAUUGUGGCCAGCCUAAGGCACGCUUGUGCAAUAAUCAUGCUGUCUAAGCAGCAUCUUGAUAAGCCACACCUGUGAGGUGGAUGGAUUAUCUCGGCAAAGGAGAAGUGCUCUGUCUAAACACAGGUUUAGACAGAUUUGUGAACAAUAUUUAAGAGAAAUAGGCCUUUUGUGUGCAUAGUCUUAGCUCUUUGAGUUCAGUUUAUGAAAAAUGGGGGCAAAAAAGUGUUGCGUUUAUCGUUUUGUUCAGUGUAUAAUACACUUGCCAUCAGAAGUCUUUUUACUACUAAUUUUUCUGUUCUAAAUAAAAAUCAGAAAUAAUAAAUAACCAUAUUUGCAAUUAUUUAUUUUAAAAUGGGUUUUAGAGUUAAUGCCCCCUUGUCGUCAUCUCCCCCCCGCCCCUCAAUUAUUAGGUUGUGGUUUAUGUGGGUGUGUUGUGUGUUUUUUUUUGUUUUUUUGUUUUUUUUUUUGUCAGAUGGCUAGGGGAUUGUGGACACAUGUCCACCUACGGGGUGGACAUAAAACUAUAUGUCCAUGCCCUCUUAUUUAAUGAAUUAGAGCACCCAGCAACAUCCGCGAGAAGUCUCUAGGUCCCCCCCCCCUAUAGUUUAAUUGGGGAUCCCCACCUUCUGCCAAUGGGUGUCGGGAAUACUUGGUCUCCCGUCCACCUGCUGACCAAGGGUGGAGAUAUAAGAACAUAAAUGUUUAGCAGAUGUGCUCAGGUGGGGCAUAGAUAUGUUUAAAACCUCCCUUUUAGUAAUAUGGGGGUCUUAUUGCCCCCCUCCCCUUUUAAUUGCUUGUUGAGGGUCUUUGAUUUUCUAAAAAAAAAAAAAAAAAUCUCCCUCUCUCCCUCUCUUCCUCUCUCCCUCCUCAUGCAUUCAGUCUGCAAACCUUUACCUCCUGUGCCAAUAUCAUAGAUCUGCAACAAAAUCUGGAACAAAAAAUCUAAUUAAUUACAUUUGAACAAAAUGACUAAUAAACUUUUUAUAACAUACAUUGCUUAUCCCUUUCUCCUGUUUUUCUAUGCAGAUAAUGUCACCAUGGUAAUUUGUCCUGGAAUCGCCAAUCACAGUGAGAAGCAGUAUAUUCGUACAUUUGUUGAUUACGCUCAGAAAAGUGGCUACAGAUGUGCAGUGCUAAAUCACCUUGGAGCUUUGCCAAAUAUUGAAUUGACCUCUCCACGCAUGUUCACUUAUGGUAUGGGAACUUAUUAUUUUAAUAGAAAUAAAUAUUCGUCUGUCUCCACUGACGUACUUGUGUGUAUUAAUAUUCUACUGCAUUAUUACUUAAUAUAUGACCUCCCGUAUUCUGUAGAUUUUUAAAAAUGGUUCAGGGUUCACAAAUUAAUAGUGUGACGAUCUACCUAUUAAAUAUAUCUAAUCUGUCUUAAUGAAACAAUAUUUACAAACAAAUUCUUGUUGCCUAAAGUCACAUCCCAGAAAUGUAUGCAGUGUUAUUUUUUCCCUACAAUUUCUUUCUGCGUACAGUACUGUCACUGCAGCUAAGGAUUCUGGUUAGGAAUAUGUAAAAUGAGGGAUACAGUGGAUACCCUUUACUCUUAACAUGUCACUUUACACUGGUCUCUAUGAAAACCUUAUGUUUGAAGAACCCUUUUGAAAGCUAUCCAUUAUUAGAGAGGACAUCCUGGAAUGCCUACUUAUGUAAUGAGAAUAUUGAUUCUAAUGAGGAUCUUUAGCAUGAAGUUGACAUCUGGCAAAAUGCAUUGUGAGGCUGGUAUGGUUUUUGGAGCUUACACAAUCACAUAUCUGGUUGGCAUAAAGAUUUUGUUUGUUUGUUUUUGCUUUUUUGUGUGCAAUGUUUUCAAUUUAUAUAUAUUUUUUUCAAUCACUUCCAGAUUAUUUUGGGGGUAUGGGCCUGGUAGUUGAAUGAGGAUUUCCUGAACAUGUUUCAGUUCAUGCAAAGUGACCUACUGGUGUGUUAUCAGAAUCCCUAAUUCAAUGUCGAGGGGGAGAUAAGCCAGUGUUCUGCUUUCAAAAUCCUAUUCAUAUGUAACAUUCUGUAUUCUGGAGCUCCUCUUUUAUUUGGCUACCCCCAGUUUACAUGUAUGGACUUGUUCCCUUCUCAUUUAAGGACCACUAUAAUGCCAGGAAAACAUACUCGUUUUCCUGGCACUAUAGUGCCCCCACCCUCAGGGUCCCCCUCCUGCCGGGCUCUGGAGAGAUGAAAUGGGUUAAACUUACCUUUUUUCCAGCGCUGGGCAGGGAGCUCCUCUCCGCCUCCGAUCCUCCUCUUAGGCUGAAUGCGCAUGCGUGGCAGGAGCUGUGCGCGCAUUCAGCCGGACUUAUAGGAAAGCAUUCAUAAUGCUUUCCUAUGGACGCUGGCGUCUUUCAACUGUGAUUUUCAGUGAGAAGCACACAAACACCUCUAGUGGCUGUCAAUGAGACAGCCACUAGAGGCUUUGGAGGCUGGAUUAACCCUAAUAUAAACAUAGCAGUUUCUCUGAAACUGCUAUGUUUAUAUUUAAAAAAAAAAAAAAGGGGUUAAUCCUAGAGGGACCUGGCACCCAGACCACUUUAUUAAGCUGAAGUGGUCUGGGUGCCUAGAGUGGUCCUUUAAGCAUAUUUGCUUAGCAUAUAUUCUGGCACCAAGGGUAGGUACUUGUCCAACACUCUUGUCUGCACUGUAUCACUGAAGUUUCCCACCAGGUGUACACACUUGUUUUAUAUGUUCGUCAUGCUUUUUAUGUAACAACUUGUAUUGUAUAAAUAAAUAUACUGACUGUUGUGUUAUAUAAACCAGUACUGUCUUGUCCCUACACUUAGUCUUGCCUAGUGUUUUGGGUACAAGGUGGGAAGAGCUAUUCAUCACUUUAUCCAGUGUCUAAUUGAUGGUUGGAUAUCACUGGGGAAGCUCAGGCUGCUAGGUGAGUAGCCGUUGGGGACCAGGUUGCUGCGGUUGUUCCUGGAGGUCCCUAGUGGCAGGAGAAGGGACAGACGCAGUAGCAGGCUCAGAUAUGGGCUCAAAGUCUGGAACCUUGGCUCUCUGUACCUGUUACAAUGCAGCUUAGGAAAAGUAAUACAAAAUGAAAUUUAUUUUUUCUGAUUUACAGACUACAUAAUAUGUCUAGUAUUUCAGUUUAUUUUUGGUUGUUUAAAAACAGGGGUUAGGUGCAGCGCUUCAGUAAUCGUUGACAAGGUUUUCUAAGUGAAAGAUCUACAAGUGGUGGUGGUAAAAAAAACACGGUCCCACCUACACUCAGAGAAACACCUAAUUGGACACUCCAGAGGUGUCCUGGGGCUUAACCCCUGUGCGUAGAAUCAAAAAAAUACUCCCACCACUGGAUAGAAUAUCCAGUCGCUUAGAGUAUAAACUGGAAUAAAAUUAGGAAUGGAAAAACUCCUAGUAAUGUUAAAUACUUAAUAAAUAAAGAAAUGAUGACAGUACAACAUAGAUACCCAUUCCUAAUAGUCAGAAUCCAAUGGAUAACAAUCUUGCCUAAUAGCGCCCAAUGGCAUACCUCCAAAUGCCCUAGUCAGAAAAUGUAUAUAAAUAUAUCUCUAUAAUGCUACAGACUUUAAUUGUAUCUCAUGAGGUCAAUGUCUGAGAGCGUAGAGAUUAAAGCAUCCUGUCCCUGGGAUAAAAAGACAUAUGUAUGUACCUAGGGAACUGGCCAAGAGACCUAAUGCUAACUAUAUAUCUGAAAGACUAUCGGUAGCUUAAUGAGAGGGUCUCAAAAACAGACACACUACCUUAUAAGUCUCAGAGUACAGAUAGACUAAUACGGUGGGUAAAAAAGACCGGCUUAUGAGAACAUAGCUGCAAAACGCCUCAACAUAGCUAAAGAUAAAACUGCUACAGUUGAAUAAAUAGUGCAAUUUAGAUAUAGUGUAUCUUAUGGUCGCAGAUUGAAAUUCAAGGCUGAUCCACUACAGCCCUUCGUGCCACUGUAUCAGCCUUAAAUAUUUAACUUAACAAAGCAAGGUUAAAGAUCAGUAAAGGAGGUGAAAAAGUAGAAAUUAAAGCGUGUUAAUGUGCAGAACCAUACUUAGAUUGUUGGUUGCCAGCACAUGUCAAUAGAGUGCCCAGUGAAAAUUAAGUGACAGAAAGAAAAAGAAACCCGACCUGCGUUUCGGUGCUUCGGUAGUGCACCUUCGUCAGGGGCUAAAAUCCUUGACAAGGUAUAUGUGAAGAGAACCAGAGAAGGAAUAAUAGUGUAGUAUUUAAAACUGUAGUGGUGAUAAGUAAGAUAAAAGAUGUGCACGCACACUUUCCUGGAGCUUCAAUAUAGCUCCAGUGUAUGCGCCUAUGGAUCAAGUCCAGAGGCAAUUCUUCAAGUUAAAGGUGUGGUAGGGGGUAUCCUCAUAAAAAACAAACCAAUAAAAAUCGUAUAUGGUGAAGCAAGGGUAGGUAAAAACUAUAAAAUAAAAUGUGCACUCACGUGUAAUGGAGCCAUAAAACCUGGCUCCUCUGAUAGCGCUUGAAGUGGUAUAAUCCCCACUCAAGGAUACAGGUGUAAAUGCAACUUCUUCCCUCCGUGUAUAUGUGGAGAUAAACAAACAGAGCCACAAUAGUGUACACCAUAAAAAAGGAGUGUAAGCAGAAAUAAAUAAUUUAAGCCUACUCACAUGCUAAUGAGCAAGUUCAGCUUUGCUCAAUCCAAAGUGCUUGGGUGGUAUGAUCCCCACCAGGGAUAUAGCACCAAACAAUCCGACAGCAGCAAAGUUAGGUCCAAUUAAAAAAGUACUUUAAUGUUAAAAAAUAUAAUAAAAGAAAUACAAUAUAUAAUAAAAUAGUUAGAAACAAUACACUUAACGCGUUUCUCCUUAGAUAGGCGUUAUCAUUUUUUUUUUUGGUUGUUGCAGGUCACAAUAUAUAUGGAACUGAAUACAAUGUGGAGUGAUUUUAGAAUUAUGUAGACAAUCUCUGCAAAAUAUUGUAAAACUGUAUUUAUUUUAAAAAAAUGAAAUGUUUUUUUGUAAACCUGUUGCUAAUCAUAGUCAAAAUCCAGAAUUGUUUUCAGCUACAUCUUCUGAAUAAAACAAUACCCACAACGUGUGCCUUUGCUCCUAUCCUGUAAAGCAACAGUGCCGCAUAAGAGACCUGACUAUUUCGGCUUUUACAGUUAGAAAUUUGAUAGUUGUAUUUGAUGGGCCUAUGCCUCACUGUGGCAUUAUAGCAGUUUGACAGUUUAAAUUGUCACACAAAGACCUAUGAUUUGUCAAUGUACACACUUCACAUUAUCUCAUAUUCACCAGUUUAUGGUUAACUUAACGUUUAUGAUAAACAGCAAACUGUUUUGAAUAUAACAAUACCCCUAUGCAUGCCACUAUAUUAUAAAGUUACAGUGCCAUAUAAGAGACUAUUUCGUUUUUUUAUAGUUAGCAUUUUAUUUCCACAGCUUAUUGGUCAGUCUGGGGACAGUAAUUGUGGCUCCAGCUGACAGUUUUUUUUUUUUUUUUUAACCCUGCUCACACCAAGCUUUACCAUCAUGGGAUUUGAAUCUGAGUGCAGCACUCACAUUGGGCACUGCAUGCAGCUGAUCUGACAGCAUGGGGUCACAAGUUCUGUCUAUCUAAUAAUACCUGGGGUUCCUCUGUUACCAGCCGGGACCGUUUCUUAAUGCAUGAUGGAAUUAUUCUGUCGUUGGUCCUCAUAGGAAAAGACACCAAUGAUGGAAUAAUUCCACCAUGAGACCUUUGUCACGGUAGUUUACCCUUACACGCAGGAUAGUUCAACAAUCGACUGAUAGAGCAGAUACGACUUACCGGACCUUAGAAUGGCCGGACUCGCCGUAUAGCAGAGAAUAGACAGAGUCAAGAACAAGCCGAGGUCAAGGGAACAAAGAGACAGCGAGAACAAAAACUGGCCAAGGUCUGGUACACAGUUGUCAGUAAGCCGGCAAACAAGACAAAACAGGGAUAGAGCGAUAAACGGAGUCAGAUACAAAGCCAAGGUCAAGCACGAAAAUCACAACUGAACACAACAAGCGCUAAAGGGAACUGAAACAGAAACCAUGAUAGGGCAGGGAGUUAAGGGAGAGGUAAGUAUAAAUACCCUAAACUUUACUUUGAUUGGCCCCUGUCGUAUUCACGCCCCCAAAAUGUGAGUGUCUGGGGAAUGUGGGAUGACAGGGGCCAAUGGGAGCACAUUUCCACUGCCCCUUUAAGAGCGUGCCCAAGAUGCGCGGCACGCUCUUAGAGAUAGGCGGAACACGUGACCGCAGCUCGCGGUCUGUGCCCGCCUUCAUUUGGGAGCUGCGUGCGGCGGGAAGUGAGGACUUCGGCCGGCCCCCGGGUAAGGUAAGUACCGCUACAACCUUAAAGGGUUAAACUUUUAAUUGAUGAACAUUGAAAUACGAUUGGCAACGUUUAGGCAAAGAUUAGCAGUUUGAAUUUUAGUUCAUUACAAUUUUUUUUUUAUUUUUUUUUUUUAAAUGAAUAAAUGCUAAACUCUAUAUUGCACAAGGUCCACAAUCUGCUUUUUCUUUUAAUAAAGGGACGCUAUAAGCACCCAGACCACAUCAUCUCAUUGAAGUGGUCUGGGUGCACUGUCCCUGUCAUUUUAGUCCUGCAGCUCCAGCGUCUUCUAAAUUCCACCAUCGGAAAGCAUUAAUUCAAUAGUUUCCUAUUGGGAAGGCACAAUGCAUGCAUGGCCUUCGCUGCGCAAGUGCAUUCGAUUCCCCUUAUUGUCUUACAUCGGAGGGGGAGCCCAAUCAAACACUGAAGGACCCUGUAUUCCUAACACUAUAGUGUGCUUGUUGUAUCAUCAAUUCAAAAGGUUUUCUUGUUCAUAUGGAAAAGCUGCAAUUGGGCCGAAUAUUUUUUUUUUUCCCAAUUUUGUUUACACGUUAAACACUUUUUUGUAAAAUAUUAAACUCUCCCCCCACCCCCACCCUCCCGAAAAUAAGCCCUAGCUUAAACCCUAGAAGUUUCCCUGAUCAAAAAUUUGUGGGAUUCCAUGCGCUAAUGAACUGGACUAUGUUUGGGAGGAUUGCCCCAAACGUAGGCCCGCUUUCUUGCACAUGCCUUCUACCAUUUUUCCCUGAAGACAUCCUCCGAAAAUAAUAAAUAAAAUGUCACGAUUACUAUAUGACCCAACACAUAGAACUAUGUAAUACACAAUGAACAGGGAGAACGUAUACCGGGCCGUAGAAUUCCCAGACUGAACGUAAAUAAAGAAUGGUCAAAAUACUAGCCGAGGUCAGGGACACAGAAAGACACAAUAAGGAAACAAGCCAAAAGUCAAGUAUACCAGAAAUACGGGAAAGUCAAAAUACAAGCCAAACUCAAAUGCCAAAAAGAACAAGAAUGGGAACACACUCUCUGUUAACCAACUAGUGGAAACCAUGAUCGGGCACUGACCAAAUGCUAUUUUGAUUUUAAAUAACCCUCCUAAGGAUAUGAUUGGUUGUACAUAGCCUUUGACCCCAAAACGUGCAUGUGCGUCGUUUGCGUGACGCCACACGCAAAUCAGCACCCUCUUUGUUGAGGACGGAGACGGGGCUUCAUAGUUGCUUGGGACCGCAGCGGCCAGCGUUCAUUAGAAAACUGCACCAGUCGGGGAUCGCUCCUAGAGGGUGCUGUAUGGCAAGCUGAUUUGCCUUAGGUACAUUUUUAUUUCUUUUAACAGCAUGACAGCAUCGAUCGGAUGCGGUCACGCUGUAUGGAGGCGCUGGGGAAGUGACACCCUAGUAUGUUUAUAUUUAUUUUUUUAGCAAAAAUUUAUAUAAGACCUGGUCUUAUUUUCAGAGUAAAACGGUAUUUGAACAAAUCUAUAUUCUGCUACCCCAUAGUUUCAUUCCUUCCUUUCCCCCCGCUGCUCAAUUUUUGUUUUUUGUCUUCUCUUACGUGGCUUCUCUUUUUUCUAGGCUGCACUUGGGAAUUUAGCGCAAUGGUCAACUUUAUUAAGAAGACAUUCCCUCAGAGCAAGUUGAUUGUGGUAGGAUUCAGCCUUGGAGGCAACAUUGUAUGUAAAUACCUUGGAGAAACUGCAGCCAAUCAGGAGAGAGUAAUCUGCGCUGUUAGUGUUUGCCAAGGAUAUAGUGCUUCCCGGUAAGUGCUCCCAUGGACAUAGUGUGUGGUGGUUAUUUGUUUUGCAGGCAUGCGAGAAGUAAUCUACCAGAACCUUAGUAUUUUACAGAAAAAAAGUAAGUGUAAUUUCAUCAGCUGAAAGAUAUUCGAUAUUAAAUGCAAUAUUUAGUGUUUACUACAUGGCAACAUUUGUGCUGAUAGCAAGUCCGUCAGAUUCUUGUAAGGCUGAUUUUUGUAUAGUUAGUUUAUUCAUGUUAAGAAGCAUGGCUUCAUUUUAAAUCAAGCACAAUGUGAUUUAAACCUUGUUACUGUGUUAAGGAGAUUUCAGCCAAGCAGGAAUUGUACAUCUAAAGUUCUCUACUCCCCCUUGUGGCAGUUCUUCUGUUGCUCUUUUAUAUUGACUGUUAGUCAAUCAAUGUGUAUUGACUUAAUGAGAGUUAAAAAAACAAAUCGGUUUAUUAAACUGCUUGUUAUCAUUGGGAUCAGUAAAUCAGCUGAUCCCCUGCAGGUAGGACUUUCCAUGUUGGGGGAUUGGGAACUUGCUGCUGAUCAAAAACAAAUCUGAUCUUUUAAUGAUAUUGCUUGACAUUUGUUAUAUUCUACAUCUUAUCCUCCUAGUUGCAUUUGUGUUCAAGUUUGGAAAUUCCUGGGAACAACUGGUAGCAUGAAUGAAUAAAAAAUGGAACUGGUCUUUUAAAUACAUAGUAGAUUUUAACAUUGCAACAUAAAAGAUAAAAAGGCUGGAGAUCGUGACUGCAAUAUUUAUAGGACAUUGAAGAGAGAAUUUGACUAUUUAAGGAACACUCCAAAUAAAGAAAUACAUUUACAUCUAACGUUGGAAUGUUGGUUUUAGUUGAGAUUUAGGGCCCCCCAAAAUAUGUCACUUGCCUGUAAUCUAGCAGUCAGUAUUCUCUCUGCAACUUUGCUUCAGCUCAAGGAAACCAUUUCUAAUGGUAAUCUCCUGGCCAUUCUAGGGCUUUACAUAGAGAAGCAUUGGGAUACCCGGUGUAUUAGAGAUCAUCACCACAAUCUGCCAGCAUUGCUUCUUAGGGAAGCAUUGAAACCAGUUCAUCUUUAUGGGAAGCCCUCACUUCUGCUUUGAGAGCAAGUGAGGAAGGUAAGCAUCCCAUCGGUCUGGUUGAUGGGCAGGUGUUACCAAGGGAGUUUGUAAGAUUGCUGAUUUCUCUUUAAAUUGCCUUGAAAGGGACACUAAAGGUACCCAGACAACCACAGCUCGUUGCAGUGAUCUGGGUGCACUGUCCUAGAUCCCUUAAACCUGCAAAGGUCAUUAUUGCAUUUUUAUUUUUUUUUUAAAGAAACUGUUAUAAUUUCCCUUAUGGGUUAACUUAACCUCUAGUGACUGUCUAGCAGACCAGACUUUUGGCUGCCUAACUGACGCUGGACGUCCUCACGCUGUGCAUGGGAGCGUUCAGCGUCACACAAAAUCCAAUUCGAAAGCACUGUAUUGCCAUUGCCGCGAAUGCGCAUUAGAUCUCCCCCGUUGGCUGACGUUGGCAGGGGAGGAGCGAAGGAGGACAUCGUUGCUGGACACAGGUAAGUGACAGAAGUGGAGGAUGAAUCUAUAGUGCCAAGAAAACAAGUUUGCUCUCCUGGCACUAUAGAUGAACAAAUUACGUUGCAGCUUGAAGUUAAUGAGUAGUUGGUUUGUGUUGUGUUGUGUUUGUACAUCCUGCAAGAAAAUUAAUAAUGAGGCAAAAGAACAAUAACUCGAGCACCAGUGAGAUGGGGGAAAAUAAAAAACACAGGUUAAAGGCAGAGAUAACACCAAAACGAGAACACGAGUGACGGUAAGGACCAGCAAACCCUACUUAAUCAAGCGCUUCACAGACUAUUAAAGUAGGGGAACAUGAGGGCCUAGGUUGGUAAUGGCACAUGUACUGCAGUUGGAAGGACAUUACAACCAGGGAACUCUGUCAGCGUUUGUUUUUUGGGGCGAGGAUAGGAGGGGUUUGUGGCUUGCAUAUUGGAACACAUAAGAAAUAACAAAGUAGUUUGAAAGACAAAUGACAAAAUCUGUAAGCUUUCUAAAAAAAAUUUAAAAAAAUGAAUUAAACCAUAAAAAGUCACAUUUAUUUUAUUUUUCUGCUGCAGAAUUUGGAAAACUCAAUAGAGAAAUGAUAUAUAUAGAUCUAUAUAUAUUAUAUUUACGUGUACAAUGUUACACCUUUGUACCCAACCGUGAAUUUCUCUUGAUCUAAAAUACAACACAAAUGAUUAGUUUCCUUUUGUCAAGCUUUAGCAUUUUCAGGAUUGGAUUUUUGUUUCAAAGGCCACGAUAGCUGAGUUUGACCACUUUGAAUAGAGCCUGAAAAAGAAAACGGACUGAUAAAACACAGUAAUCCUCCGAUUCUAAAUAGAAAAACAACCAAGGGGCCAAAUAUCUCCAUUUAUAUUUAUCUAGUAAUUCAUUUUUUUUUUUUUUUUAAUUUGUUUUACAUAUUUACAGACAAAACAUUCAGGAUUAACAAUUAUUGGUACAUGGAAGGGUUGAACUUAGUGUAUCGUGCGUGUAAUUACGUGAAUAUAAUCUGGUGUCCCAUAGAAACCAAAUUAUAUUAUACCUUAUGUGCAUGCUUCUUUUAACUUUGCUUUGUUGUUUAAAACAACUGCUUUUGUAAGAUUAUUUUUGUAGAGAAAACUUGAAAAUAUCCUUUUGAGAUCCUAAGAAAUAUCAGGAGCUGCAGUUAACCUGUAUUUGGUAUGGGUACUUUGACGUGAAUUAAGGUUAAAGCAAUGCUUUUUGUUCUGGGAUGUUAAGCGCCUACAUGUUUUUGUAGCUUAAGGCCAUUCUGUUACCAAGUAUUCAUUUUUAACAGCUCACUGACUCCUUGUUAUUUGUGGCUCUUUUGACAGGGCACAGGAAACCUUUAUGCAGUGGGAUCAAUGCCGAAGGUUUUACAACUUCCUCAUGGCAGACAACAUGAAGAAAAUCAUCCUUUCACAUAGGUAACGCACUAGAGCUUUUUUGUUUUUUUUUUCUUUUUAAUUUAUAUAAGCAAUUAAUCUGGUCAAGUCAAUUAGUUGGAUUCAAAUAAAAAGUGUAUGUAGACACCAAAUAGUAAUUGGAUUUUUUUUGAAGCUGUAAUGUAUGUAGGUGCCAAAUACAUCCCAGGGAUCUAAAAUGAAUCAGGAUGAUUAUUAUUUUAUUAUUUAUAUAUAGUGCCAUCAGAUUCCGUUGUGCUGUACAAUGGAUGGACUAACAGACAUGUAAUUGUAACCAGACAACUGAGCGUACAGGAACAGAGUGGUGGAGGGCACUGCUCAAUGAGCUUACAUUCUAGAGGGAGUGUUGUAUUAUCAAACUUAAUUAUUUUUUUUUUUAACCUCUUCGAUUGACUAAUUUGUAGACAUAAGAGUAAAAUUAGAGGAACACUGUAAGCACCAUAACCACUUCAACUGAUUAAAGUGGUUAUGGUGUCUGAAAUAAAUAGGAGCUAGGUCCUGCAUAACUGCUAACUGUUUGCUCCUGUUUAGUAGAGAUGCUUGCUCCCCUGCAUCCUGCAUUACAAUAUGGUGGAGGCAUUGUUUUGCCCUGCCGCAGGCUAUACCAUUUAAGGCUCAUUCCUUUUGAUCAGCCUGCCUGCCUACCUCUGUGACACGUCCCCUAGUCUUCAAUCCUUUAAGAAGUCCCUCAAAACCCAUCUUUUCAGAUUGCUUAUGGCCUCCAAGAGUAACUUCUAUCUCUCAAACCUUCCUCUUGCUCUCUCUUAAAGGGCCACACUCAACUCUCACCUCCAGUUUUGCUACUUUCCCACCAUGUCUAUUUGCUGUCUCCCUCAAUACCCUUCCUAUUGUGUUUUUAUAUCACACCUCCUCUAGACUGUAAGCUCGUUUGAGCAGGGCCCUCAACUACCUGUUCCGGUUACAUUUUGUUGUUGACUCAUUUGGUAAAUUCCCCCUUUAUUGUAAAGUGCUGCGGAAUAAGCUGGCGCUAUAUAAAUACCAAUAAUAAUUAUUAGAAUAAUUUCCGAAAUAGUCAUUGUGAUUAAGUGAGAGCACUUUCAAUGCCCCAAUACCUGAUGGAAAUUAAUAUAGUGUGAGGUAAAACCACCAUAUCAUAAAUAUGGGGAGGAGGGGGAUCAUUAAUGUGUGGGGGUGCUAGGCUGCAGGAGAUAAAGCAUCUCUGCAAUGCAAGGAUUCAAACUGUUUUAACAAUGGAUUGGUUUAAAUUUUUACCUGGGGUCCACCAGAUGAUGCUUCCACCUCCACUUUGCCAGAAGGAGAGCUGGAUGCUUAGGAGCUUCUGUUAGCGCUCCUGAGUAAAGUCUUGUACUGCUAGUCCUAACUCAACGAAGAGCGCUUCCAGCAGAGAGGAGGAAACUGCAACUGGCAGAGUCAAAGUAAGAAAUCAAAUCCACUGCUUUACUCCUCACAUUGGUGUUGGAGGAGGUCACACAAGAGCAUUCCUGGCACCAUAACCACUUCAUUUUUUUAAACAUGGUUUCUAUAAUAUGUUGCUGUAUCAAAUUAUUGUCCAGAUAAAAUGCUUUUAUGUUUGUACGAUGAGGAGACAUAAAGGGCAUGUUUGUUCAAUGUUGAGAAUAAGGAAGCACAUCAUAUCAGAGGAUGCUAAUUACAUCUGCAACAGUAUACAUGUUCUACUGGAGUUUGUGAUAGUGUGUUCUUUUUGGAAGGUCUACUUCAAAUGAACAGAUUAUAUUCUUAAAAAGAUCAAGCGGUUAUGUGAAGAUAACUCUGCACCAUGGUAUCUGUAUCCAUUUAUGGUUCUGUACAUUUUUUUGUAUCCAGAGGAGUGUUGAAAGAGAUGGAAGCAAUAUUCACAAAUGCAUGCAAUGGGUAAAACUAUGAAGGAUUUAUAACUUGGAACUGAUUCAUUCUUUUAUACAGCUUGAUUCUGCAACACAUACAUUCUCAUGUGUUUAAGAAAUGUCUUCCUCUUUUUAACCAGACAAGCUCUCUUUGGUGACAACAACAAAAACAAUCAAGCUUUUGAAGACUCUGUGUUGAGUCGACUUUAUACAGCAACAUCUCUCAUGCAGAUUGAUGACGUUGUAAUGAGGUAAGAAUAUGCAUUCUGGUCUACACAAUCUGUAAAUUGAUUGCUUUCUUAAUCUGGUGAUAGUUGAAGACGUGUCAUAAUAUGCCAUUUGGAGGUCAGUUUCAUUCCACUGUGAAAGGUGAAGACCUUUACGUCUACCCUUUCACACUUGCCUUCUCCUUAGUCCUUGUUCUUGUACUGACUAAUUACCAGAACCUUUAUAAUUAUGAAUUGUAACAUAGCAGUCACUUAGCUAGAAAUAGCCACAGAUGUCCUACAGGUUAAUCUUCUGUAUCAGCAGUGUGAGUGAAACCAUGAAUGAAUUGGUGUUUCCUCCUCUUCUCGUGGAAUGGACUUCCAACUUUGCCCAGGUGCUAACACAGUGAAAAUUUAAAGGAUCACUGUAGGGUCAGGAAUACAAACAUGUAUUCCUGACCCUAUAUUGUUAACACCACCAUCUAGCCCCCCUGGACUUCUCAUGCCUCUGUAACGGCACCCUCAGGCAUAAAAGGGUUAAACCGCCGUUUAGAAGAUCUUCCCCUUCCAGAGAUACAGGCACCGCUACUGCAGAACACCAAACUCCUGAACCGCAUAUAAGGGAAUGCUCUAAACUCCCGAACUGGAUACAAAAUAGCACUCCAAACUCCCGAACUGGAACCUCACAAAUAGCUGCUAGCAGACGAAUAGGAAAAGCACCCAAGCGGCUUACACUCGUGGCAAUCAGUCUCUAACAGCAUACAGUAACUCCCCCCCCAAGAACGAGACAAAACUCCGUGUUGAGGGUCAAGCAGUGAACAGACAGAGCUGUGGGUUUAUUGUUCUAAUAUACACAUUCGUACCACCCACAGGGCUUUGGAAAACAACCAAUAAACACAUACAAUACACUCAGACACUCCCACACAAAAUCAUCCCCUCUGCCUGUGAUAUAAUUACCUUACACGAAAAGACAGUAAAAUACACAAGGUUACAUUUAUUACAUAAAAUACAGACAUGCAACAUAGCCCCAGAUAGCUUAGGUCUGAGCACACAUUAUUACUGAAUGGCGCUCAGACCACACACAUACAGUUCAAUUGCCAUGGAGCCAAAGUCUUUCCCAUAGUCUUUCGUUAUACGAAUGGGCUCCAUGGCAUAGCUAUCUGGGGUAUCACCGCUCAAACAGGGCAAGCACCGAAUGACCCGGCUUUCAUGUCUUUGCAGGGGAAAAAUCAAGCGUUUCAACAUGGGGCCAUAGUCUAAAGGCAGCAGGCGGGCAACCAGGCUCCUCCAAUGCACAGUGGCAAGAUUGGUCUCGUCACAGCCUCCAUAAAUAUAGCAAAAUCUUACUGUAUUCAAGCUUGAAGCUGUAACUCUGCAUGGUGUUUCCCUCAGAAAAACAAGCUGUCUGCUGACAUCAUCAGAAGUGGUAGCCUGAUCCAAUCACAAUGCUUCUCCAUAGGAUUGGCUGAGACUGACAAGGAGGCAGAUUAGGGGCAGAGCCUGCAUGAUUCAAACACAGCCCUGGCCAACCAGUAUCUCCUCAUAGAGAUGAAUUGAAUCAAUGAAUUUAUAUGAGGAAAGUUCAGUGUCUGCAUGCAGACGGAGGAGACACUGAAUGUUUGGAUGCAUUUAAGGCAGCAAUGACCCAGGAAGGAUCUCUAACAGCCAUCUGAGGAGUGGCCAGUGAGGUUAUCACUAGGCUGUAAUGUAAACACUGCAUUUUCUCUGAAAAGACAGUGUUUACAGCAAAAAGCCUGAAGGUAACGAUUCUACUCACCAGAACAAAUUCAAUAAACUGUAGUUGUUUUGGUGACUGUAGUGUCCCUUUAACAUCUGUAAGGUUAAAAACAAAAUGUGGAAAUAAUAAUAAAAUAUAUUAAAAUAUACAUACAAUGUUUUUUUAAUAUGUUUAUUUUUAAUAGAUUCAGCUAACUUCCCUUUUCAAAAAUUUCAAGUAAAAGCCAAAACAAUAAAUUCACAUUUAUUCCAGCACCAAGAUGAUCUUCUCUUGGAAGUCGCUCCAUCCUAUAUCUUGCUUUAUGAUUUCUUUCCAAUCUACCACAUCUCAUAGAGAAGCAAUUGGAUGUGAAAGUACUUGUCUAUGAGAAACAUUAACUGCAUUCAGCGUCAUAAGGCUGCAUGUAAUGACAUAAAAAAUUAAGUAGUUUGUCUUUCAAAGCUCUUUACUAGAGCAGUGGUUUAGGCAAAAUGUAAACAUUCCACCUUCUUAGAAACAGCAAUGCUUUACGUUGCGUGACAAAAAGUCUAUGCACCAAAAUCGCUUCAGUAAGGUGAAGUGGUUUUGGUGCUUGGGUGUCCCUUUGAGUGCAUUUGAGGUUUUUGACCAAUUAUACAUGCUGUUUUUAUCCACAUCAUUGAGAAAUUGACAAAAAAAAAUGUUUGCAGCUUUUUACAGAAUAGUGAAGCUUUAGUCUCGCAUUCCCUUUUCACAAAAGCAACUUCCUUUUAGUGUAGUAAAAAAGUGUAGUACAUGCUCAGCUCUGCAAAUGAAAGAUGUGUGACCGGAGUUGCUGACAACAUUGCUCCACCCCAGGAAGAUAUUUUGUGAAAAGGGGAGAUGGGUAAGGAGGUGGAAGUUUGUGUUGGCAUUUUUAGUUGUGUUUUUUUUUAUUUGUUUGAUUUUUUUUGAACAAGAGGAAAAUACAGUAUGAUUUUGUGGCCAAAAGCAAACUAAAUAGCAGUUAAGUUGGAUCGAUUCCCAGGUUGUUCAUAUAAGCUUAUAAUAUGUCCACAGUGCAUGUAGGAAAAAUUUACGAAUGGCACCCAAAGAUUCCUGCAUCAGAACCACUUCAAUAAAGUGCUUAAAACAUCAUUUUUAAUUUUUGGGACUUAAGUCAAUCAUACAUAGACUAAAUGGGAAUUCAAAAAUAGAUUUAACAUGUUUAAAAAUUAUGUUGUACUAUUCAGCAUUUGUUUAAUAUUUUUUAAAUAAUUGUUUGAAAGUUUGAUUUGCAAUCCACAUAAAAAUGCACAAUUGAGGAUUGUUUGCUUUAGUGUACUAAUAAUUUUAAUAAUGACAGGAGGCGAGUAUUUUACGUAAUCUUUCUUUACAAACUCCAUAGCAGCAAAGAAAAGUAAUGAGAAAACUGAAAACCAAUCGCAAGCAUAGGUUAUAAGAGGCAUGUCUCACUGUGACAUCACAAGUCCAUUAAAGGACCACUCUAGGCACCCAGACCACUUCAGCUUAAUGAAGUGGUCUGGGUGCCAGGUCCUUCUAGGGUUAACCCAUUUUUUUAUAAACAUAGCAGUUUCAGAGAAACUGCUGCUUUUUGCUGUAAACACUGUCUUUUCAGAGAAACUGCUAUGUUUAUGAAUGGGUUAAGCCUUCCCCCUAAUCCUCUAGUGGCUGUCUCAUUGACAGCCACUAGAGGCGCUUGCGUGCUUCUCACUGUGAUUUUUCACAGUGAGAGCACGCCAGCGUCCAUAGGAACGCAUUGUAAAUGCUUUCCUAUGCGACUGGCUGAAUGCGCGCGCAUCCAGCCCAGGAGGAGGAACGGAGGAGGAGAGAAGGAGAGCUCUCCGCCCAGCGCAGGAAAAAAGGUAAGUUUAAACCCCCUUUCCCCCUUCCAGAGCCGAGCGGGAGGGGGACCCUGAGGGUUGGGGCACCCUCAGGGCACUAUAGUGCCAGGAAAAUUAGUAUGUUUUCCUGGCACUAUAGUGGUCCUUUAAACAACUAAACCAUAGAAGAACACGAUGUGGUAAACUUUAAACAUGAACAGGGUGAACAAGGUCCAAACGAAGAGACGUUAUGGAUUCAACUAUAUGUUCCAAUUAAAAUGACGAGGAAGAUCCCAUCGAAGAAACGCUUUGGGUUCAACUGUGGGUUCCAAUUAAACAGAAAAGAGAAUAAAGAGUUUUGGUCUCCAAAAAAGGCUGUAUAAAAAUGUAUACCCUGACUGUCUAUACUACGUAUAAUACAUAUAGUACGAUCCUGUCCUCUCCUAGCUAGUGUAACUAACUAAAACAAACUCCCGUACAAAGUGACAACCUCCCAAGGGGAAAAAACAACAUUAGUGUAGGCAAUACAAAGUAUGGACACCACAUAAAGGAAAACCAUAAGCAAGGUAAUCAAAAACAAAGGGAGGGAAAUAGUCAGUCAGAGAAACGACGAAGGGUUUGGGGGUGGGAGGAAUACUUGCCUCUUGUCAUCAUUAAGAUUAAAGCUAACAUAAUCCUCAAUUUUACCACAUGACAGGAGGCUUCAUAUUUUGCAAUUUCAACGCUGAGAUAAAAGAGCAAAAGCUGGAUUUGACAGAGUUUGGAAAUAGAACGUCCGAAAAGUAGAUUCUCUCGUCCAAUCCGCAGCCCGUAGAAUGUCUGGAAGUGAGGCCCCUGACGAGAAGGCAGAGUGUGCUCCAAAGGUCUGAUCAAUUCCAGCUAGAGAAAGCAGCCAACUUUGUGACCAAAAAUGGACCAUAUGCGCGAACGUAAGAGACGAGAAGUUGACGAGAGGAAGGUGACCGCAACGUUGCGGUAGCCUUCACAUAGCAACAUAGAGUGGAGACCUCACAAAGCUGUGGAUCUAAAGGAAAGAAGGAAUAGAAAACUAAGGAAGAGUUAGAUUUGGUGCGGGGUAAAACUUGAAAGGUAACCCCCACCGGGCAAAAGGUAAACGCAUCAGCGUCGAAAGGAUACCAAGCAGAGGAGAAAAAUGAAUUUGGCUGUUAGCUGGCAGUCACAAUUUAUCGUUCUGAGGCGAAUCUUGCAAAAAUUGCAAAACUAUACCGUCGUCCCAGAGACGUGUAUAUUUGGUCUCCGGAGAGCGGCGAAGACGCAUGCCCCGAAGAAGUCUGCAAAUGAAGGUAUUUCCCAACUGGGAUCCUUUGGAGUGAAAUGUGAACUGCUGAAAUUAGCGACCGUACCACGUUAAUGGACCGAUACGAUUUCCCAGCUGCAAACAGAGGCGAAAAAAUUUAGGAUAGAGGGAACAAAUGCAGUAAAGGGAUCGAGGUCCCAUCUCAAACACCAAUUGGCCCAAGAUUGCCACGCAGAUAGGAAAUAUCUCCUAGUUUCCGGUGCCCAGGAGUCCCAUAGGAGAUCCAUAGCUUACUGCAAUAAGUCUCAGACUCGCCAGGAACCCCCAGAAAGUGUCCAGGCUACCAGAAGUAGGCGACCUUCCACGACUAGAGGAUAGGGCUGUCCCAUCGGGUUCCUGAGGAUCUUUGGGUCGGAUGGCAGGAGGAGGGGAUCUCUGCAUGAUAGUUCUAAAAGUUCCUAUGGGACUCCCGAGUACCAGGGUUGGCUCUGCCAUAACUGCGUUAGGAGCAUUGGUGCCACUCUCUGCAAUUGGAUCCGGUGAAGGAAUCUCGCUAUCAUUGCAAAGGGUGGGAAAGCAUAGGAUUCACGCUGUGGCUACGGUGGCAGAAAUGCAUCCACUGCUAGGCCCUCCGUGUCUGGUAGCCAACCGAAGAAGUCUUUGGCUGUCUGUUGUUGCGUAAGGCGAAGAGGUCGAGGGAGAAAGGACAUCUUCAUUUGUUCAGAGAAGCAAAAAUGGGAGGGUCCAGCUGCAAGUCGCUGCCGUCUUGCCAGUGGCGUGAAUACCAAACUGCUGUGAGGUUGGAUUCUCCCUGCAGAUGCUCUGCUAGUAGCGUAAUGUUGCGGGGUAGGCAGUAGUUGAAAAUCUCUUUCGUGAGUUCUGAAGCAGGAUGCAACAAUUGGAUUUUCCUUUCGCCAGACUGCGGAGGGCAAAUGACCCUGCUAGGAGCUCCAAGCAGUUUAUGUGCAUCAAUAGUUCUUCGUAGGUCCAUACUCAUCCCGUGGACUUGUCGCUCUCCAACCUAAUCGGCUGGCAUCUGAUUUCAGCAUGAAGUCUGGUUGGCUUCCGAAUAUGGCUCUACAGUUCCAGGCCUGCAUACAGUUCAGCCACCAAUGUAGUUCCGCCCGGACGUCGUCCGAUAUCGAGACUGGUUGAUCGGACGCUGGGUUUUGACGUAGGAAUCUGGUCUUGAGACGUUGCACGGCCCUGUAGUGCAAGGAUCCCGGGAAUAUAGCCUGUAUGGACGAAGACAGAAGACCUACUAUCUGUUCCAGUAGGUGCAGGUAUGUUUGUAUACCACGUGGGUGUUCAGAUCCCUGAGGUUGAUAACCGGGCAAAAUUCUCCAGUCUUCUUCCUGACCAGGAAAAUGUUGCUGAAGAAUCCGGUUAAAUCUGGGGCAGGUUGAAUAGCACCCUUGGCACACAGUUCCUGUAGCUCGGAAUCUAUCAGGCGAGCUAUAUACAUAAACACCACUUUGUGUGAAAACUAAGUUUAGAUAAUAAUCCCCUUAAUGUGCACACAGUGGAAUAGUGCAGCGCUAUGCAAAAGGCUUACCCAUACAGUAUGGGGCGUUUCUCAUAUGUAACCGGAAAAAACAAAAAGUAGAGAAAUACGUGAUAGUGCAAUAUUGUUAUAGACCAUUGGUAUAUACACUAAAAAUUAGAGAAAUUUAUGCUCACAAAUCAAGAGCCUUUUAGACGCUAUGGCUCUGAAUGUAUGUGCUUGCUGUGCCUUUAAGGUAGCGACAGUAACCUUUUGUUUGUCCCCUUCACUGGUUCAGGUGGAGUAGGUGUACAUGGAAAACAUAACCAGGCAGCAAAACAUAGUGCAGAUGUUUGAAAAAGAAGAUGAAAGUUGCUCACCUGGUACUGGAGCCAGUCACUUAUGGGCUCCAGUACCAGGUGAGCAAGUUUCAUCUUAUUUUUCAAGUGGUAAUCCACAAAGUUUAUUACCAUCUGCACUAUGUUUUUUUGUCUGGUAGAAUUGGACAAGAGCACUCCGACCUCAUGCGUUUCCUCACCUCUUUGUCCAGGGAUUUUCUGAGUUGGGGAGGGGGGAGUAGGGAGAUCCAUUCCUCAGAGCAGGGAUGACGUAUUUUCCUGGGGUCAAACAUCCUGAGGCCAGAGGUGUCCAGGAAUACCUCCGAUUCAUCUUGUGGAGCAUGCAUGGUCGUGGCCAUAUAACCCUGGGGCUCACCCAGGUAUGUAUCCCUUGUAAGGAACGGGUCAGAGUUGGGGGCAGAGUCCCAGUCACUCUCCUCCGGCUCGGAUUCCUCCGCCUGCUGUUCAUCUAGCACCUAAAGUGCUUGGGCUGGUCCCGCGUCCUCCUCCUCUGAGGACAUCUGUGCAGGCCUGUGGGCUGUACAAGUCAUGGUCUUUUUGCGUUUGGCAGGGGCCUUGCCUUUGGAUUUCCUGGUUUUCGCCUUUCCAGUGGCGUUUGGGAGGUCGUGACCAUUCUCUGGAGGAGUCAAAGUCCUCCGAAUUUGCCACAUAAUGGGCCCGUUUGGGAAUGGGCUUGGCAGUGUCGUGUUCCGCCUGAAAGUCUUGGAAAAGGCCUUCUCCGUAGAGGCAGCAACCGCUGCUGUGGUCAUGGCCUGCAAGUCUGAUGGGGUCUGUGUCUCUUCCAUGGUGACUUGCUACAAUCACCCGAGGCUCACCCGGUGAUAUUGGCAUGGGACAGUAGUGUAGUGGCACGGAGGGUAAGAGAGGCCUGGGGACCAGGGGGUGGUAUGGAAACAGGUACCGGAGGACCUGUACUAAUUGUGGCCUUUAAGCUGGUACAAGCAGAUGGAGAAGGUAUGUAAUAACUGGGGCUCACCCAGGAGUUCGGAAUCUUGCAUGAACCGGUCCGUUCAGCAGCACAUAAAUGGGGGCUCACUCCGACCAGAGUAAGGGAUAAACCCAACUGGCUUGAACCAACCCCUAGUGCAGAGCACUAACCUGGACCUGAGAGUGAGUGCGGAAAUAGGCUCUGAGCAGUAAUGCUUGAAAGGGCACAGCUGAAUGAAGCUCCGUAGGCACAUCAAGAUAGCCGCCGGACUGCACGUCCAUGAAAAACGUUGGAAACCAAGCACCUCCCUGAAAUGCGAGAGGGGAUGGAGUCCGUGCGAACAAAAUAGCCGACCGCGAGAGCCUAGAACCUGGCGUUUGCGGCUAACUUGUUAGACGAACGCGCCUCUUGCGUACGAACGCCUGGACGCAGGCUUUUAUAAGAGAGUGGCUGUUCUGUUCCCGAAGUGGUUAGUUUGGCGGGAAAAACCACCAAAUGGGGCAAAAGACCCGCACAAAACAGGGGAAAAGGGGAGCCCCGCAGCGCGAGAGCACAAAACCGGGACCCAGAAUAGGCAGGGUCCCCCAAAGAAACAGGCAGGCAAAAGGGUCAGCAGGAGAGCAUCAAGGACCCCAAGAACAGAAAGGGAGAUCCCUAGGUGAAACAGGUAGGGAUAUGAAAGACCUCAGAAGGGAAUGGUCAGAAAAAGUGUAAUAAACAGCAAUAUUCUAAAGACAAAUAAGUAAAGGAGAAAACAAACGUAGAGUAAAGGACAGAGAGAGAAUAACCAAAACUCUGUACUUAUCUUGUGAUGGAGUAGCAAAGAAAGAGGAAUUGCUACAGUAAGACAUGCCUCUUAUAACCUUUGCUUGCUUGUGAUUGGUUCUCAGUUUUCUCAUUACUUUUCUUUGCUGCUAUGGAGUUAGUAAAAAAGAUUAUGCAAAAUAUGAAGCUUCCUGUCAUGUGGUACAAUUCUAUAAACGCGCGCGCACACACGUUGUAACCUUAGUAACAAUUUUCCUCAUGACUAUUGUAUCACUAACUUGAUUUGCUCAGAAAUUAGUGCAGAUUUGUUACAUUUUUGUUUUUUUCUUCUUACCAUUUUUAGAAAAUUCCAUGGUUACCAGUCUCUCAAGGAGUAUUAUGAAGCAGAAAGCUGUGUUCGUUAUCUAGCCAAUGUAAGUUAAUACCAAGAAUAAAAAGGGAAACAUGCGGAACAUGUUUUAUGUAUACAAUCAUAUAUUAUAUUAUAUUUUUUUAUAUAUAUAUAUAUUUCUAAAUUUUAAUAUAAUUUAACUUCUAAUUUAAAUUUUAAUCUAAAUUAACUUGUGUGCGGUUCUUUUUUUUUUUUUUAUAUAAUAUAUCUUAAUUUUUAGAUGUUUUCUUCCUCCAAUAUAUCUCUUUCAGAUCCAUGUUCCCCUCAUGCUGGUUAACGCAGUGGAUGAUCCACUAGUGCACGAAAGUUUGUUAUCCAUUCCAAAGUCACUUGCUGGUUCGUAUACUUCAGUGUAAUCUUUACUAUUCCACAGUGGCAAUAUGUACGUAGUCUCAACAAUAUUCUAUUCUUGUCCAAUCUGUCAGUGUUAUACUAAGUACAUUGGGUUGUCUGUAUUAUAGUGCACAUUUGUUCAACCAAGCUAGUCUUGUAAAAGCAUUAUUUACGAUGUUGUUAAGGAAACAGUCCUUGUCUCUGUCAAAUUUCAUAAUUUACUGAGCAUUUUUUUCUGGAGCCACUAGAGCAGGCAUAGGCAACCUUUGGCACUCCAGAUGUUUUGGACUACACCUCCCAUGAUGCUUUGUCAGUAUUUUGAGUGUAAAAGCAUUAUGGGGGAUGUAGUCCACAACAUCUGGAGUGCUGAAGGUGGCAUAUCCCUGCACUAGAGUAUUGUGUUAGGGACUCAAAGACUGCAAUGUGUUUGUCUACUAUUAUGCAAAUUAUGUGUUUUAUAAUGUAAAUGAAUUACAACUCGUAAUGAGCUCUCAACAUCAUCUGCAUCAGUUAUUCAUUAGAUGCCGUUCCACAUUGUAUGAGUGCUGUAGAGUAUAUUGGAACUAUUUUUUUUUAUGCACUGAUUUCUCAUUGCGUUUUUCUUUCCUUCAUCUUAACAGGUAAGAAAGAAAAUGUCAUGGUGGUACUGCCUCUACACGGAGGGCACCUGGGCUUCUUUGAAGGAGCUGUGCUUUUCCCAGAGCCAUUAACCUGGAUGGACAAACUUCUGGUGCAGUACGCUAAUGCCAUCUGUCAAUGGGGGAAGAACAAAUCUCAGUGUUCCCAGGUGGAACAAGCAGAAACUGAGGACAAGUAAAUUAAGCACUUUGGUCAUCUCCUCAAAGACUCUUGCCUACAAAUCUUCCUCCUCCACACAGUUUCUUAAAAUGAAUUUUCUAGCUACUGUAUGUUUAACUGGGUCUGCCUAUAUCAACUCUACAGUAGAUCUACCAGGGAAGAGGCCAUUUUUCCACUGUGAGCCUUUUCAGUUCAUGUAUUUUUUCAUUUGUUUUUUUACUGCAGUGCUUUCUUAUAGACUACUAGAUUUAUGCUGUUUUCAGGAACUGCAGGUUUAUCACUUACAUUUCCAUAUAUAUUUUGUCAAAGUAUAUUGAAAUGUGCAGGUGUAAUCUAGUUUAGUGGGAGGGAAAAAAAAUUCCUCAUUUUUGUGAGAAACCAUGAACUAUGCCAGUAAUUUUUCUGGGUGAGUCUUUGUACGUUAAAUGACCAUUUAUAUAAAAGUAUGAGAUGCAUUAUCAUCACUCAUUGCACUAAAAGACCUUAGCACUUAUAUGCAAAAGGUUAUGUUUAAGUGAGAUUAGUUAACUUCUGGUUUGGUAAGCAUUUUUAGCGUCUUCUCUAUAGUUCUCAUCAAACUGAAUUUAAAGGGACACUAUAGGCACCAAAACAAAUUUAGCUUAACCCCUUAAGGACACAUGACAUGUGUGACAUGUCAUGAUUCCCUUUUAUUUCAGCAGUUUGGUCCUUAAGGGGUUAAUGAAGCAGUUUUGUGUAUGUAUCAUGCCCCUGCAGUCCACUGCUCAAUUAUCUGCUAUUUAGGAGUUAAAUCACUUAGUUGAUACAGCCCUAGCCACACCUCCCUGCAUGUGACUUACACAGCCUUCCUAAACACUUCCUGAUUGAAAGUGAAACCAUUUUUGAUGCAGGCUAUGAGAGUCACAGCCUAAGCUAAAGUUGUUUGAGUGUGUAUAAUAUCCCUUUAAGCAUUCAAAAACUAGAGGAGACGCACCAUAUGUUUUUGUUUUCAUCUUCUGUAUAACACAAAGGGAAUGACAAACAAUAGGUAAAACAACACUUUUAGAAAUAUACAUUUCACAUACAAUUCCUGUUUUCCAAUGUUCCCCAAAACAUGUUUUCUGCUCUGUAUUAUUCCAGUGUUCACAAAAAUAUGUCUUCUGCUUUAUAUUUUGUUUCCCAAAGAGCGGAGUUGAAUUGGGAUGGGGGUUGUUUAAGGUAUAUACUUAAAAAGAGUUGGGCAGCCCUGGAUACUCAUGUUAUUACGUGAAAAUAUGGAAGUUGAGAUUUUUCUUUUGACCAGCACUUCUCAAUCCAAUUCUGAAGUCACAUUUGUUGUUUUAAAUUUAGAUUGAGAUUUCUAAUUGAGCAUAAUUUGUUAACUCAUAAACUGCUGUUGGUUGCUGAAUGUGAAAUUGAGACAUUCCUACCUUUGUUACUGCAGGUUACCAAGCAAUUAGAGUGGUGUGUCAGUGUUGUAAAUCCUAGCCACUGGUAGUGUGUGCAGGAUGUCUUUCAUAUGUUUCUCCGGGAAAGUGGUAAAAUCUCUUGGCUGGCAAUCUGUAGCGCUUUCUCCUAGGUCUUCUUGUGAUGGGAAUUAACAUCUUCCUUUUUGCCAGUGGUUUCUUAACACGAGUAUGAUAUACUUGGUAUCAGGAUCCAUAACAAAACUUGUAAAUCCUGAAUUCUUAAGGAUCAAUGAGAGGAUGCUGUAGUGGAUAUGUAAGAAGUUAAACCUUUUGCUAAUGGUUUGACAAUUCACCUGGGGUCCAUCUCCUCAAUGAGAGCUGAAUGCUCUCUGCAUUUAGCUAGGCCUGGCAGUGAAGGGCUUAGCUGAUUGAAUAAGAGCAAUCAGCUGGCCAGGCACAACAGAGUUUAGUAUAAGAAAGCUGCCAGACGCUCCCUGCCAUUUUGUCCUAGUAUUACUGAAAGACAGCUCUUGAUAAGGGUGUAAAGUUCUUUAAUUGGCUUUUGCUGUAGAUCUAGAUAUCUUGUUGUGCAAUAAUUUCAAACCACAUUCAAAUGCUGGUCUCUUAAGCAGUAACUACUAGCUUUUGUGAUUUAAA